AUUUGGGCAAGGAUGAAGAAGAAACCCGUGGUGAUCUGCUGCAGCGUGCUGCUGGCGCUCAUCGUGGUCCUGGCCAUCGUCUUCAUCUCGCUCUACUUCACCGUGUUCCGGCCGCGCUCCCCGCACGUGGAGGCGACGGUGGUGAGCACGAGGAUCACCCAGGUGGAGAUCACAUUCCCGCCCAAGCUGAACCUCAGCUUCUCGGUGGACGUGACGGUGAGGAACCCGAACUACGCGUCGUUCCGGUACGGCGACGUGAUGACGCAGCUAACCUACUACGGGAACCCCGUGGGGCAGUCGGUGGUGCUCGCCGGGGAAGUCGGAGCGCGGACCACGCAGACGGUGGAGGCGUUGGUGGUGGUGGAGGCGGACAAGGUGGUGUACACGCUCCCGUUCAUCCCCGACGUGCUCGCCGGGGCGCUGCCGUUCGAGACGAGGACGACGGUGGCCGGGAAGGCCGUGGUGCUGGGCACGCUCAAGAUCAGCGCCACCUCCGUCGUGACUUGCCGCAUCACCACCAACCCUAUCAAGCAGGAGAGCACGUCCGAGUGCACGUCCACGGCUCGCGUGGGUUGAUCACUCGUAAGUCUCGAACUAUGUAAUUUUUAGCGGCCGGUGUGGUGCGUACCUGUUCUGUAUCUUGUGUGAGCGAGGUGCAGGCCGGGUGCAAACACCACACACAAGUUUUCCGCUUUCUGUGUGAGUUUACAGUCUUUUUGUUUUGUGAGUUUGCUGAUGGACGGAUUUGUAUAAAAACAUGUCGUACACAACUUUUGAUAUGUAGGAGUACUUGG